AUGUUUAGCAUGUUGCUGCUUUACUAUUGCUUUGGGGGGAUAAUUCCAACCCUUGUGGAGACCAGUGGAGAGAGGCAAUUAAGCCCUGAGAAAAGCGAAAUAUGGGGACCUGGGCUGAAGGCAUCGGUUGUACUUCCUGUGCGCUAUUUCUAUAUUCAGGCGGUGGAUACGUCAGGAAAUAAGUUCACAUCUUCACCAGGUGAAAAAGUAUUCCAGGUUAAAAUCAUGGCACCACACAAGCAAUUUGCAAAAGUUGGAAUCCAAGUUUUAGACAGAAAGGAUGGAUCCUUCCUAGUAAUAUAUAGAAUGUUUGCAAGUUACAACAAACUGAAGAUCAAAGUUAAAUUCCAUCGUCACCACGUGGCCCAUUCUCCAUAUAUCAUAGAAGGUCCGAUUUACCAUGAGAAUUGUGACUGCCCUUUUGAAGACAGCACAGCCUGGCUUCAGGAGAUGAACUGUCCAGAAACAUUUCCUCAGAUUCAGAGAGAUCUGACACAGUUUCCUACAAUAGAUCCAGACAUGAUUGCAACAGAAAUCCCUAAAAUAUUUGGACAAAAACAUAGCUUAUGUCACUAUACCUUGAAGGAUAACAAGGUUUAUAUCAAGACUUACGGUGAAGAUGUAGGCUUCAGGCAUUUCAUGAAUCCCAUACUCCUCUCUCUGACUAGGAAAGUGAAAAUGCCAGAUUUGGAGUUUUUUGUUAACUUGGAUGACUGGCCUUUGGGAAAAAAGAAACUCAAUUCACUUAUCUAUCCGAUCUUUUCCUGGUGUGGCUCCACGAAUUCCACUGAUAUUGUGAUGCCUACCUAUGACCUGACACUUUCUGUUCUAGAAACCAUGCACCGAACCAGUGUGGAUAUGAUGUCAGUGCAAGGAAACACAGGGCCAUCCUGGGAAAGUAAAAACUCUACAGCAGUUUGGAGAGGGCGAGACAGCCACAAGCAGAGACUUGAGCUGGUUAAACUCAGCAGGAAACACCCAGAUCUCAUAGAUGCAGCAGUCACCAGCUUUGUCUUCUCUAAACACAAUGAAAAUCUUUAUGGUCCUGUUGGGAACCAUAUUGCUUUUUAUGAUUUCUUCAAGCAUAAAUAUCUGAUCAACAUCGAUGGCACUGUCGCUGCAUACCGCCUGCCCUAUCUGCUAAUUGGUGACAGUGUUGUGCUGAAACAGGACUCCAUCUACUAUGAGUACUUCUAUAAUGACCUGCAGCCUUGGAAACACUAUAUUCCAGUGAAAAGCAAUUUGAGUGAUCUCUUAGAAAAACUAAAAUGGGCAAAAGAUCACGAUGAAGAGGCAAAGAAGAUAGCUAAAGUGGGGCAAGAAUUUGCAAGAAAUAAUCUCAUGAGUGAUAAUAUAUUCUGUUAUUAUUUCAGACUUUUUCAGGAAUAUGCCAAUUUACAAGUGAGUGAGCCCAAAAUUCGAAAAGGCAUGAAGAAACUAAAAUUCCAGACGAAGGAUGACUUCUUUCCUUGCACAUGCCAUCAGAGAAAGUUGCAGACAAAAGAUGAACUCUGAUAUUCAAAAUAAAUUCUCUUUACGUAA